AUGCCGGCGGCGGCGGGCGAUGGGCUCCUGGGCGAGCCGGCGGCCGUGGCGGCGGGCGGGGAGGCGCGGCGGGCGGCGGCGGACGGCGGCUCUUUCCUGGCCGCUUGGCUCAGCGCCGCCGCGCCCCGGGAGCGGCUCCGAGACUUCCAGCACACCAAGAGGGUCGGCAACUACCUGAUCGGCAGGAAGCUGGGAGAGGGCUCCUUCGCCAAGGUCCGCGAGGGGCUGCAUGUGCUCACCGGAGAGAAGGUGGCAGUGAAAGUAAUCGACAAGAAAAGAGCCAAGAAGGACACCUAUGUCACCAAGAACCUGCGGAGGGAAGGCCAGAUCCAGCAAAUGAUCCGCCACCCCAACAUUGCCCAGCUGCUGGAUAUACUGGAGACGGAGAACAGCUACUACCUGGUCAUGGAGCUGUGCCCUGGGGGCAACCUGAUGCACAAGAUCUACGAGAAGAAGAGGCUGGAGGAGCACGAAGCCCGCAAGUACAUCCGGCAGCUCAUCCUGGCAGUGGAGCACCUUCACCGGGCGGGAGUCGUGCACAGAGACUUGAAGAUAGAAAAUCUGUUGCUAGAUGAAGACAACAAUAUCAAGCUUAUUGACUUUGGAUUGAGCAACUGUGCAGGAAUCCUGGGUUAUUCUGAUCCCUUCAGCACCCAGUGUGGGAGCCCAGCAUAUGCAGCCCCUGAACUUCUGGCAAGGAAGAAAUACGGGCCCAAAAUAGACGUUUGGUCCAUUGGGGUGAACAUGUAUGCCAUGCUGACCGGGACAUUGCCCUUUACUGUGGAGCCCUUCAGCUUGAGAGCCUUAUACCAAAAAAUGGUGGACAAAGAAAUGAACCCCUUCCCCACCCAGCUCUCCUCAGCUGCCAUCAACUUCCUCCGCUCUCUGCUGGAGCCGGACCCUGCCAAGAGACCAAACAUCCAGCAGGCCCUGGCAAACCGCUGGCUCAACGAGAACUACCCUGGAAGAGCACCCCCCAAUGUCACCUACCCAAACAGGAUUCACCUGGAGGACCUGAGCCAGAGCGUGCUGCUGCACAUGACUGAGAAGCUGGGCUACAAGAACAGCGAUGUCAUCAACACCGUGCUGUCCAACAGGGCCAGCCACACCCUGGCCAUCUACUUCCUGCUCAACAAGAAGCUGGAGCGCUACCUGGCCAGCCUCAGGAAGGCGGAAGGCCAGGACAGUGUUUGCCACAAGAACCAGCUAUACCAGAUAGAAAAAUACAAGGCAAAUAAAGACUCCUACGAGCUUCCCUUGAGUAAACCAAACUCUUCUUGUUUGUUUUACAACCUAAAGGACAAAAAACUCAAAGAGCAAGAAAAGAAAGGGGAGAUUCUUCUCCGUCAGCUCCCAAAGAAAACUGAGAAAAGUCCAGUUUCAUAUAGACAUCCUUCUUCCUGUCUUGUCUCACAGAUCCAGAACACCAAGGCUCUGCUGAAGGACCGGAAAGUCGCCAAGGCUGGGGGUCAGGACAAAGACUCCGGCGGUGGCGUGAGCCCCUUCCACGAGCCCCUGGCACCCAAGAUGGGCUGUGUCACUUCCAGCUCCCUGGAAUACCUGGAGGUCCAGCAGCCACCCCCCAGGACCCCCCGGCUCCUCAAGAGGCAGGAGUCUCCCCAGCCGGAGCCGUCCCGGAUCGGGGGCCGGGCAAAGGACUCCCCUCUCAUCCUGAACAUCGUUCACUCCUUCGAGUCGGUUGACAGAGAGGACCAGAUAGACCAGGUCUCCCCUUCUCACCAGUACAGAGUUUUAGGCUCCCCGAUGAAUUUCCCUUACAAAAGCUCGAGUGAAAGGACACUGUCCCCGCUGUUUCCCCCGGGGAGCGCGUCCCCCGUCCACCCCACCCAGGUCUCCUUCACCUACGAAGAGAAAGCCUAUCCGGCCAAGGAGGAGGCAGUGUCCCCCACCCAGCUGGUCCCCAGCAACCCGCUGGGCAGCCCCAACUGUGUGAAAAGCAGGGGCAGGUUCCCCAUGAUGGGGAUCGGACAGAUGCUGAGGAAGAGGAACCAGACCAUGCAGCCGGCCAGCGAAAAGCCCCUGGAAGCCAGGAUGCCUCAGCUGCAGCAGAUGAGCCCCACGCAGAUUUCCUUCAACACAGAGGCUGUCAGUGGCCAGUGUUAG